AUGUCGAAGAUCUUUCUGUUCCUGACAUUGUUAUACACCUGCGCAUUCGCGUCGGUGCUGAAAGAUGCGAAGCAGCAAAAACGAGGUAUCAUCGGUAACGACGGGUGGAUUGGUCUAUCGGGGAGCUCUUAUGGACACGGACAACCGUGGUCAAUCGAUCCCAUCCCCUUGAGUUCGGGACUCAAACUUCCCGAAAUCAAUCUGCAUGCAGGGCUGCAUCUGGCAGAUGCAACUUAUGGUAGAGGUGGCGUCGUCCUGACACCCGGAAUUCUAAAAACCCUCCCGGUGUACAUAACGAAGCACUUGGUGGUGGAGAAGCCGGUGCCAGUCCCGCAGCCAGUGAUCAUAGAGAAACCGUAUCACGUGCCGGUGCCGAUCGAGAAAAUCAUUCACAAACCGGUCCCCGUCCCGGUACCGGUACCUCAGGCGGUGCCGAUUCCCGUGGAGCGUCCGGUGCCGAUCCCGGUGAAGGAGCCGAUCGCGGUGCCCGUGCAGCAGCCGUAUCCGGUUCCCGUGCGGCAUCCAGUGCCCGUGCCGGUACCGGUGCCCGUCCCGGUUCCAGUGCACUCCUUGCCCAGCUUGCCCUUGCCGCCCUCGGCUCUCCAGGUCCAGGGACUCCAGGCGCUCCCGCUGAUCCCGCUCGGCGGCCCUGCUGGCGCCAUCUACGCGCGCGACUACGCAUACGCACCCGAUCACCUUUAUCCCGUUCACUCGCCGUCGGCCACCCUGCACUUGGACACCGGCAUCGCCCCUCUCGCCCCCCUCGCCCAUGGUUUCGGUCAUGGGCUUGGUCACGUGCUGGCGCACGGUUACGGCCACGGUUACGACCACCACGAUGCCCAUGCUCAUAUUGCCCAUGCCGACAUUGCCGACCAUCUUGCCCACGGCCACGAUCACAAAAAGAGGAAGACCGACAAGAACUGA